AUGAUCCAACCCUCACACUCCCUCGUCAAAUACGACAACCCAGUCUUAGUAUCCCGCACAGAUGGCGCCAUACCCGGAAAGUCGAAUCUCAAAUCGGGUGCUGGCGGUGGGAUCUCGGAUAUUGGCGGAGGGAAGAAAUUGGCUGCUGGGCCACCUGGUGGCAAGAACAAGUUGCCGCCGGUGGAUGACAAGCGGCCCAAGACGCCGAGUCAGACUGAGGAUAUUUUGAACUCUAUUCUACCGCCGAGAGAAUGGGACGAAUCAGGCCAGCUGUGGGUGCAGAAAGUGUCCAGCACACCAGCCACCCGUCUGGACGUCAUCAACUUGCAAGAACAACUAGACCACAUGCUGCAAAAGCGUCAAGCGCGCGAGACCGGAAUCGAUCCCGUCAGGCGAGAACUGUACAGUCAAUGUUUCGAUGAGCUUAUCCGCCAAGUCACCAUCAGCUGCCAAGAGCGCGGCCUCCUCCUCCUGCGCGUGCGCGACGAGAUCCGCAUGUCCAUCGCGGCCUACCAAACGCUCUACGAGAGCAGUGUCGCGUUUGGAAUGCGCAAGGCGCUGCAGGCGGAGCAAGGGAAGGCGGAUAUGGAGAAUCGGAUCAAAGAGCUGGAAGACGAGAGACGCCAACUAGACCAAAGCGUGCUCGAACUCAAAGCGAAAUGCGAAGCCAUUGAGAAGCGGGAGAGCGAGCGGAGAGCGAUGGAGGAGCGAAAACACGCGGAGGAGAUUGCGUUCUUGAAGAAGACGAAUGUUCAGUUGAAGACACAACUGGAAGGAAUCCUCAGCCCACAAAAGAAAUGA